AUGGGUGCUUACAGAGCUGACGAUGAUUAUGAUUACUUGUUUAAGCUUGUGCUAAUCGGCGAUUCUGGUGUUGGAAAAUCGAAUUUGCUUUCAAGAUUCACCCGAAACGAGUUCAGUUUGGAGUCCAAGUCAACUAUUGGCGUUGAAUUCGCCACUCGAAGCAUCCGCGUCGAUGAUAAAGUCGUUAAAGCCCAGAUUUGGGACACUGCUGGCCAAGAACGAUAUCGUGCAAUCACAAGUGCCUACUAUCGAGGAGCUGUUGGCGCAUUGCUUGUGUAUGACGUCACACGUCACGUUACAUUUGAAAAUGUGGAGAGGUGGUUGAAGGAACUCAGGGAUCACACAGAUUCAAACAUUGUUAUCAUGCUUGUUGGAAAUAAGGCAGACUUGCGUCACUUGCGCGCUGUUUCCACAGAAGAUGCAAAGGUAUUUGCCGAAAGAGAGAGCACAUAUUUCAUGGAAACCUCUGCUCUGGAAUCUAUGAAUGUGGAAAAUUCCUUUACAGAAGUUCUUAGUCAGAUAUAUCAUGUCGUCAGCAGGAAAGCUCUCGAGGUUGGUGAUGAUCCAGCGGCUUUGCCUAAGGGACGGACCAUUAAUGUUGGCUCAAAGGAUGAUGUUUCUGAGAUGAAGAAAGUUGGCUGUUGCUCUGUUUAA